GCCUUUGUGUUUUAUCGCUUCCUGUCGCGAGGUUUGCUGUUGGAGAGAGAAGCGUGCUUUCCUAGAACCAGGCUUCUACUUGGCCGGGACGCGUUCAGGGACUCUGGGUUCUGCUCAGCCUGUCUGAGGCACAGAGUGCGGGGAUUCCCUCCGCCGUGGCCCCGCAGCCCACAGUCCCGCACACUCCCCUCCUGUGGGAGCGGAGAGAAGGAGGCGCACGGCUCCAUUUCAUCACCGUGACCCGGAUUUCUGUUCCUCCCCUGACCUCCUCUGGCCUGACCGACCCACCAGCCCGUCGUCAUGAACUACCUUCGCCGGCGCCUGUCUGACAGCAGCUUCGUGGCCAACCUGCCUAAUGGCUACAUGAUGGAUCUGCAGAGGCCAGCCCCGCCCGGAUCAUCCAUUUCAUCUCCUGCCUCCCCGGCCACCGAGAGGCGUCAGCCCCCCAGCCUCCCGAGCCAGACCCCAGGCUCAGGCUCGGCUUUGAGUUCAGGUUCGGCCUUGGGUUCAGGCCCGAACCCGGCCUCAGCAGCGGGUUCGGGGAGCUUCCUCAGCUCUUUUUCCAGCGUGGUGAAGAGUGCCCAGAUGGCCCAGAACGUCGCCGCCGCUGCACACGCCAAGUCAGCUGGAACGGCGGCAACUGAGGUUGCUUCUGCUGGAGGCGGUCAGCCCGCCAAGCCUGCGGUGCGCAAACCCAAGAUCCUGCUGGUGGUUGAUGAUCAGCACACUGACUGGGCCAAGUAUUUUCGGGGAAAGAAGCUGGACGGAGAAUAUGAGAUUCGAGUUGAGCAGGCGGAGUUCUCAGAGAUCAACCUGGCCUCUUACGUCAACUCAGGAUGCAUGGUGGACAUGCAGGUCAACAAAGGCGGCUCCAAAGUCGUCAGGUCUUUUAAGCCAGACUUCGUCCUGAUUCGUCAACACGCCUACAGCAUGAUUCCCGGCGAGGACUUCAGGAACAUUGUGAUCGGCCUGCAUUUUGGUGGCGUGCCGAGUGUCAACUCCCUCUUCUCUCUAUAUAAUUUCUGCAGCAAACCUUGGGUGUUUUCUCAAAUGAUUAAGCUCUACCACUCCCUCGGCCCUGAGAAGUUCCCCCUAAACGAACAAACCUUCUACCCAAACCACACACAAAUGAUCACAACCCCUUCAUUCCCUGUGGUGGUCAAGAUGGGGCAUGCUUAUGCUGGUAUGGGAAAGAUUAAAGUGGAGAACCAGCAGGACUUCCAGGACAUCACCAGCGUGGUGGCCCUGGCCGGGACCUACGCCACCACCGAGCCCUACGUCCAGUCCAAGUACGACAUCCGCAUCCAGAAGAUCGGCAGCAACUACAAGGCUUACAUGAGGACAUCGAUUUCUGGCAACUGGAAGGCCAACACGGGUUCUGCCAUGUUGGAGCAGAUCGCAAUGACGGACAGAUAUCGCAUGUGGGUGGACUCCUGUGCUGAGAUGUUUGGUGGCCUCGACAUCUGCGCCGUGAAGGCUGUCCACGGAAAAGAUGGCAACGACUACAUUAUCGAGGUGAUGGACAGCUCCAUGCCUCUGAUUGGUGAGCACGUGGAGGAGGACAAGCAGCUCAUUACAGAGCUGGUCAUCAACAAGAUGGCGCAGGUGCUGCUGGGAGUUGUUACACCUCAGACUUCUGCUGUGAAGACCACUCAGCCCAGGCGAGGCGGACACCGCUCUGCUUCGGCCUCUCCGUCACAGUCGGCCCAGGGCUCGCCUCAGAGAGCGCGAUCCGCCACCACCUCUCCCAGCCAGGCCUUCCAGCCCGGCCCCAUCCCAGCCUCCUCUGGGCCUGGAUCUCAGAAACAGUCCCCUCAUCUCAACAAAUCCCAGUCACUGACCAACACCUUCACAGAGACGUUACGGGGAAGCCUGACCGACGACGAGGCCAAGGCUGAGACCAUCCGCAGCCUCCGGCAGUCCUUUGCUAGCCUCUUCUCUGACUGAAGAAGCUCCGCCCCCCUCGAGCUUCACGUUAGAUGUCAGGUCAAAGACUAAAAAAAUUAAAAAGGGUGAAAAAAAGAGAAAAAAAAAACAGCUUCAUCUGUAACAGAGUCUCCUCUCUCUUCCAAACUUCGGCUUUGUGUUUUUUCUUUGCAUUAAUCCAGUUGUCCAUCUGCUGUUCUCAGAAUAUUAGUGAAGUUAGCACUUCAAAGGCCAAGAGAUCCUCAGGAUCUUGGAGGAAGUUCCGCUUUCAAAGGUAAUACAGUGCCUUUCAAAAGUAUUCUUCACACUUUUGUCACGUUAAAACCCAAAAACUUCACUGUAUUGAGAUUUGACCGCAGAUCAACAACAGCUUCUAAGCAGAAGAAAAAUAAGCAGGUUUAAAUAGUAAUAACCAUUAGAGUUUAUGAAUGUAACGUGACACAAAGUAAAAUUAAGACAUUUACAAGAUGCUGUUUAUUCACAGCUUCAUAAAUUUUGCCAUAACUGUCACUGUACCCGUUUACACCCUUAGAUUUGAUGACUCGAGGAAGUCUGGCCUUUCUGGUGCUGACUGCUGUAGCUACAGAAAACCCUCAUGUGGUAGCUCGUGCUGCUUGGUAUACUGUUGUUCUGCAUCCUCCCUGUGCAGCUGGUACAACCAUGUUCCUGUUUGUCUCUCUUCAUCUUUUUUCCAUUUUAAGUGACACAUGGCUUCCGAGUUAUUUUCAGAUGGCGAUGCGGUUCCACUUUGGUGUAUGUAAACGUACCAAACGGUCACAGUUCACCAGCGAGCUCUGAAGCCCCUCAGCCAGCAGUCGCAGACUUUCUCAGACAUCCAGAGUGUGACGCAGUGACUCCUCCACCCCUGGCCUAACUUUACCAAAGUGCUUUUUAAAUGGCAGAUUUAAAGAAACCCCUCUGCACUGGGUCAGGAAAACAGCCAGCUGGUAGAAACAUUUCUACCCGGUGCGAAUGCUGACUUGGCUUAUGGCCGUCGUCUUCCAUCCCAGCUCAGUUGCUCUUUAUCUUUCUAAGCUCGGUUAGUUUCACCUUUAAGCAUUUGUCGCACUGCUGCGUACCGGUGAGCAGCGAUGCUCCGUCAGGACAGAAAAGGUUCUCUUAUAUUCUGGAAUGUUCCAGAUUUUCUCUCUGUUCUCUGCAGCCCUUGUCAGCUGAAUUUACAGGUGCUCCGCAGUACGUCUUGCUUUGGAAUUCAGAGCCGUAUAUGGACUCGAACUGAAAAGCUGAGGCCGUCGUAACUUCUGAAGAUUUGUGAUUUAUUUAUAGGUUAAAAUGUUUCCUGGAAAGUGAGUUGACUUCAGAAGUCCUUAAAUCUCACUGCGUGCUGCAGGUUUUCCGAGAAAUGAACGUUGGUAAAGGUCAGAUUUGCAAACAAUAUACAGCCAUUGUGUAUUCAUGUCAUUCACACGAGGAAAAAAGGCAUUCAUACCCACGACUGAAUGACAACUUUGCUUUAAAGGUCAAUUAUUACAGUUUUCCAACUGUUUUCAGACAUGUAGAAUGAGAUUUUAUCAAUUUCCGCCAAAGAAAGCAACGAAAACAAAGCUGAGAACAUACAGUAGCUGACAGGUGCAGAAGAGUCCUGACUCUACAUCUGGAUCACUGGGCGCAGGAGUCACAGCUUCCAUCCAAAACAAUAGUAAUGAUAGCAAAGUCCUCAGCUUGCAUUUUAGUUUAUAUGUUGAAGAUUUCUGUUAUUCAUCUAUGGUGAAGAAAGUCAGGAGAAAUGUUAUGAGACGGCAGUAGCAUGGAGACCAAUCAAACCAGCACCCUGUGGAGGGCUUAAGCAGCUCUGUGUUGAGGCCAGUAUGCCUUCAAUUGAUAGCAUGUGACAAAAACUGUAAUUCAAAACAUUAAAUUUCGGGCAGCAUUCAUAUAUAUACUCUAAUUUCUGUGUCACCAAAAUAUUUGAAGAGAGUUUUACUUUUUUUUUCUCUACUUGGUGUUUUACCAAAUAUGGCUUCAAACCUUCCAAUCAAACUCGGUCAGCUGAAGCUAGUUAGCAACAAUAAACACACAGGAGGAUCAUUCAGAGAGAAUGGUUAGCAUAACAUGAUAUGCGUAGAUCAGUAGACAUGUUGUACUGACUCCUAAAGCUUGAAAAGUAAAUAUUUUUCUACACGGUAAACUUUAUGCUCACAAACCAUAGUUGUGGUUGCCACAGUGGCCUGGCUGUCCUCUCCCUGCUUGAGCUACAAGCAUGGAGAUUUUAGUUGUCCAUCUAAAAUCAAAAGUUAUUCAUCUAAAAUCAAAUCUCAGUUUGAUCUUAUGUCAAUCAAACUGAGAUAAAUCCAAUUAAUUUCAGUGUUUUUCUGGUUUUAAAUAGUUAAAUGUGUGAAUCAUAGUUGCAUAGUUUGUUGUUAGCCAGUUAUAAAUUAGCAUCAUAUUACCUUUGCAGACACUUUGUUUUACUUUUGAAGGGAGAAACCUCUGAAGAGCAGUAUGAUAACAGUGCUAACUGUCCUGAACCAGCUUUGACCUAAUCAAUAUUUACCUUUUUUACACAUUUUUAUACCACUUUUUAGUCUGGGAUGUUUUUUUUUAUUUUUUAACUACUGAAUAGAAAUAAAGUGAUGCUGAAUUAAUAUAAACAGCUUUUAUUCACACCAGUAACAUAAAAAGCUCUGCUUAGGGUUUAAUAAAGUUGACCUUUACAAAAGCCCUAGUUAAAGCAAGCAAUAAAACAGAGGAAACACACAAACACUUAUACAACUGCAUAUAAUAACAGUAGAAAAAUGCACAAUAGUGCAGACCCAUGUAAGCUUUGUUUGUCUGUUUUAAGCCCUUUCUUUCACUUGGCAUGUAAAAGCUCAAACUAUUUCACAGAUGAAGUCCUUCACUUGUUUGUUUGUUUUUUAUUUGAGGUCCCAUAAUAAUGCGCAAAAAGCUUUUCUAUCCCAAAUAUAGUUUGGGUUUUUUGUAGGGAGCUAUUUUGGUGGUUAUGCUAAUGUUAGCUUUUACUCUAAAGACUCAUUAAACCCAUGGUCUAAUUCAUUUUUUUUAUUAUAAUACCCACCAGCCAGGACAAACAUUUUUUAAAUGUGGGUGUAACACGGUCCUAGUUUGAGCUGAGAUAGCUGUUACUGUGUUAGCCAUCUUUUUAGCUCCAAAGCUAACCGGACAGCAUCUGAAAGAAGCUAAUAUUUCAAGUUUAUGCUAGCUUAGAAGUGAUUGAGUCAAACAGGGGACAAACUGGAUUCUACUGGUUGAAAUUUGUUUUUAACUUUUCCAUCUAAAUACGUGACUUUGUGAAUCCUUAUGAGUCACAAUGAUCACCAAUUUCAUAAAUUUGUAUAAGAUUGUGGUGGCAAGCUGCCAACAAGGGCAGAAAAAGGGGCCAAUAGAGGAUUUCUUUGGGGUUACAUUUUGGCCCUAUAUUGAUCAUUUAUAGGCUUGAUACAAGAUAGCUGACUUCAUGGGUAAAACUGUAAAUGUGGCCCAUAUGGGUCCAUCCAUCCAUCCAUUUUCUUACACCCUUGUCCCUCAGUGGGGUCGG